AUGGAGAUCGCCCACAAACAGUUUCUUCAAGCAAAUCUGCCCACAGCAUCAUUCCUCUUUCCUGGUUCAAAGUCAUAUGAGAAGGCCAUCUUUAUUGGAAACCUACUCUACCGCUUCAAGACCCCUACUACAGUGAUCCAAGCUGUAACCGAGGAAGAUGUCGCAAAAACGCUCUCGUAUGCAAAGAAAAAUAACAUCAAAUUGACUGUUAUAAGCGGAGGACAUUCGUAUGCUGGCUACUGUCUGAAUGAUGGUGGCAUCGUUCUGGACAUAAGCUCUAUGAACAAGGUAUCAAUUGACCGUACGAACAUGACCGCAAGUAUCCAAGGUGGGGCAGUCUGGCAAGAUGCGUACAACUCUUUAUUGGAAGAAGAGAAUCGGAAUCUCAUGAUAAUCGGUGGCCAAUGUCCAACGGUUGGAGUGAGUGCAUUUUUGCUGGGUGCCGGUCUCAGCCCUUUCUCUCGCUCCUAUGGACUGGGCAUUGACAAUGUUCUGGAGAUGACUAUCAUCACUGUAAAUAAGGACGGGGAGGCAGAAAAAGUUACUGUCACUCAUGAGGAUGUUGACCCUGACAAAUGCGACCUAUUCUGGGCAAUUCGUGGCGGAGGCGGUGGUAAUUUCGGUGUCACAACUCACAUCAAAGUAAAGUUGCAUGAACUCAGAGACCGUGGAGGCCAUGUUGUGUGCGGAGAUCUCACUUGGAAUCUCUCAGACCCAGAGCAAGAGAAGUCUUUCAAGGAAAUGAUGCAAGUCUGGAAUGAGACUACUUGGCCAAAAGAGGUAUGCGCUGACGCUGUCUGGCGGUACAAUAGCAGCAACCAGCUACUAGGGCAGAUGACAAUAAUUUACAAUGGCAAGAUGGGCCAAUGCCUUAAGGACCUUGCACCAUUAUUUAACUUUGAUCCCGACAACAGCCUCAAGGUCAUGCAUUGGACUGAUUGGCAAGUUAUCGAUGCUACGUUUGAUGUUUUCUCAAAGGUAUACCAUCACCACGGAUCAUUCAUUUUUGCUGAAGGUGGAAUCACAUCUACUGUGGUCGAUAUAAUUAUGCAGUUGAUGAAGGAAGCAAAAGAACUCGAGAAAAAAAAUUCUGUGAGUGGCUGCCAUAUCCUAUGGGACCAUAUUGGAUGCGCUACGACAGAGAUCAAGUCUGAAGACACGGCCUUUCCCUGGCGUGAUGGUGUCUAUGUUGCCACUAUAAAAGCAAGUUGGGUCGAUCCCAGCAUGCAUGAAACCAUGUUUAAGUUUGUGAGUCGGGCCAAAAAGCUGCUGUAUCCAUACUCCAUUCAGGGGAAAGCGGCGUAUAUCAAUUAUAUUGAUAGCACAGUGAAGAACUGGCAAGAGGCAUAUUAUGCGGACAACUAUUCCCGGCUCCAGAAAGUCAAGAGUCGCUGGGACCCGACUAAUUUCUUUCGGUUUAAGCAGAGCAUUGAGCCUAUUGGUCAUGAGAGGACCCACUAUGAUGAUAGCCCACCCUGGGAAAAGUAUGCCCUGCCGACACCGCAGCUGCUCGGCAAUCCCAAAACAAGGGACCAGGUUUAUACGACAGGUGCUCGUAUUCGUCAGUCUAUAUUCAUGGCUAAUAAACAAAAUUAG